AUGGAUUCUUCACAAAGCGCCAGCUCCCUACCGCCCGAAGCAAUCGCCCUCGCGGGACGAAUGUACGACGCCGCGCGGAAAGGGGAUCUCGCCAUCUUCCGGCAGGCGUUGCCGGCUGGGUUGCCGGCGAAUAUGACGAACGAGAAGGGUGAUACGUUGCUCAUGCUAGCUGCGUAUCACGGACACGCGGACCUGGUGAAGUUGCUCAUCCAGCACGGGGCCGAUGCGAAUCGGUUGAAUGAUCGGGGGCAGAGUCCGCUUGCUGGGGCGGUGUUUAAGCAAGAAGACAAAGUUAUCGAGGUUCUCCUCGAAGGUGGCGCGGAUCCCGACUUUGGGGCUCCGAGCGCGCUGCAGUGUGUUGCUAUGUUUAAGCAGGAGGACAAGUGGCAGGCUAAGUUUGAGGCAGCGAGUGGAAGGGGUAAAGCUGUUGCGCAGGAGUGA